UCCACAGGUCGCGCGCCUGUCGAUCCCAGAGGUUGUGAUCUUUUUCAGUGCGCGUUGGAGAGUCAGGUUUCCAGGCGCUCUUCCAUAUCCAGUGGUCUGUACUUCUUUAAACGAAUUGCAGCCUUAUAAGCGUGAAACAUGCACCGUGCUCUGUGUAAAGGGUAGAGAGGACGGACACCCUCUCUUACUCAAUACCCCGGGAUCGCUCGUUGUUUGCAGCGAGGACACUCCUUUUCUUUUGCCUAAAAAUCUCCACAGAUGCUAAAAAUGGAUCCCUUGGGAAAUGGGAGUAAUGGUAAGGAUGAAUGCGCUGAGGAGGAAGAAGUGGAUCCAAGAAUUCAGGGAGAACUGGAGAAGCUGAACCAGUCUACAGAUGACAUCAACCGCUGGGAGAGUGAGCUGGAGGACUGCCGUCAGCAGUUUCGCGUAGUUCUGGUGGAAGCAACUGUGAAGCUGGACGAGCAAUUGAAGAAGAUUGGACUAGCCGUGGAAGACUCCAAACCGUACUGGGAAUCCCGCAAAGUAGCAAGACAGGCCCAGGUUGAAGCCCAAAAGGCGACUCAGGAGUACCAGCGUGCAGUGGAAAUCUUGCGGGCAGCCAAGGAGACCAGGAGGCUGCUGGAGGAGGACAGCCGCCAGUUUGAUUCUGCCUGGCAGGAAAUGCUCAACCAUACUACACAGAGGGUGAUGGAGGCAGAGCAGGCAAGAAUGCACAGUGAAGCUGAACACAGAAAAACAGCAGCCAACUACAACUCCUGUGUUAGCCACAUGAGGCAGUUAGAGAAGAAACUCAAACGCUCCAUCAACAAAUCCAGACCAUAUUUUGAACUAAAAGCCAAGUAUUACCAACAGCUUGAGCAACUGAAGUGUCAUGUGGAUGGCCUUCACACCAAACUUGUGGUUGCUAAGGCCGAGUACCGUGCAGCACUACGCAAGCUCGAAAGCAUCUCUGAGGAGAUUCAUGCCCAGCGAUGCUCCCUCACCAUGGGAACCAGGGAGCAGGGUGUGGGUGCAGAGGGAGACAGUAGCAUCAAUGACAUCACCAACUUCAAGAUGGAGUCAGAUGAUCUGUCAAUGGUGUCAGUAUCAAUGGACGAAGAGGACAGUCACAGUAGCAACUCAGAGGAGGAGUCAGACACCCACUCUGCCUCCUCACCCCAAGAAAUGCACUCCUCACUUUCCUCUUUCUCCUCCCAUCCAUCCACCUCUGCCUCCACCCCUCUCGAUGUGCCUUACCCCUAUCCCUCCUCCUCGCUCUACAGCCCCUGCUCCUAUCGCUCCUCCUCUUCCUUUUCCUCUGUUCUCUCCUUCUCCUGUCCCAGUGGCCUGGACUUAGUGAACCCUUGUAGAUCUCAUGACCAAGACUUGCUCUGCGAUUCUGGACAUACCUCCCCUCUCCUGGGUCCUCGCAGCCAGUGCAGUGGAGCUUCAUCUCCAGACUGCGACCAAGAGAGAGGUGACAGAGCAAAGGGAGCAGAGGCCAGGCUAGAGGAUGGUCUGAACAGGCUUACCUUGACUGUUGCACAGAAGCAAGAAGGGGACUCUGGGGAUGAACAAGACCCCCAUUAUAUUAACCCUGAAAUCUCCUCUCCCAGCUCACCCACUGCUGUUCUAUUACUGAACAGUAUCUGAUGAGCGUCUGUUUUCCCUCAAACUCUCACCAGCUCCAGGCCUCAAAAUGGACUGACCUGCAGGGCAGAAAACGUUGAUCUGGGCAGGGUGAAGCGCUCACUGUGAGCAGUGAAAAAACAAGCUGAACACUCCUAGCUCCAUGCAACCUCCUACUCUCCUGGUUCCUGCCGUUAGCCUUUCUACUCACCUGUUUGUCCUGCUCUCUUCAGCCAUCUCUGUCCAACCCUGGUUCAGUACUAUACAUUGACUCUGUUACGUGUUGACUUUGUUUGCGUUGCCACCAAUAAACCACCUUUUUUCACUACCACCUGGAUCUGCAGAUUUGAGUCCUACCUCAGUUCUCCCUUACCCUCCUGCUGAGGGGGACUAAACCAUAACCCCUUGUUUCACACCACUAAUAUUAUUAGUGCCAUUCAAAAAAAA